AUGGCACCGCCGGAGACUCGAUCCUCGACGGACCGUAUGGGUGACAUUGAGCGUCGGUUAGACCAGCAGCAAAGCAUCCUUGAGUCGGUCACCACUCGUAUGGAACAGCAAUCAUCAGAUAUCGGCGAUCUGAAAGUAACAUUACAGGAUAUAUCCACCAAGCUAUCCAACCUUCAUUCUCCGUUUGCGAAUCGUCCGGCGUCUGCUGAUGCGGUUUCCCAAACCCAUGUCUCUCCCCGUCUUCCUGCCUUCGGUUCAUUCCAUGAGCUGCACAACUCUGGGUCUUCUUCCAGCUACUCGAUUGCCACAAAACAGAGUCGCGUUGAGUUUCCGAAGUUCGACGGCUCUGACUUCCGUGGGUGGGCCUAUCGAGCUCGCCAAUUUUUUGAGGUAGAUGGCACACCAGCUGACCAGCGCAUUCGACUCUUGAGCAUUCACCUUGAAGGUCAUGCAUUGCAGUGGCAUCAAACCUUCAUGCGUCACCGCUCCUCUGCUGAUAUUUCCUGGGCCGAGCACUUCAGGCAAAUGGAGGUCAAAUUCGCCGAUGUGCGAGAUGAACACCCUCUCAUUACACUAAAGAAGCUUCAACAACUUUCUACUUCAGUUUCCGAAUAUGAACAGCAGUUCGACGAGCUCCUAUCGGAAGUUGACAUUCCCGAACCCGUAGCUAUCAAUCUCUUUAUUGGAGGUCUUCGGCCUGAUAUACAGAAGUUCGUCCUCAACUUCGCUCCGUCCACCCUGACAAGUGCAAUGUCGACGGCCCGUUUGCAGGAAUCAACCAUUCAUGCUCUACACGAGAAUGCACCGGUGUCUUAUCACCGUUCGGUCCCUCCAACAGGAAGUUCUGCGUUCGGGGUUCAACCGGGUUCUGCAUUAGGCCCAAAAAUAAGCCCAUCCGUGGAUGCUACAGGGUUUUCUAAACCCAAACCCAUAUACCAGUCUUCGAUCCAACCGAGCGUCUCUGCAGCGGCUUCAACUUUUCCGAACACUAAAUCAGCCAUUUCUUCCAAACCCACCCGCCAGCUUUCGAAACGGGAAAUGGAUGAUAGGCGCCGAAAAGGGUUAUGUUAUUGGUGUCCAGAGAAGUUUGCUCCAGGCCAUCGCUGUAAGGAGUCGCACUUGUUCACGUUGGUGAUUGAUGAAGAUGAUGAGCACUUUGAGGAUGCCAUAGGGGUCGCCCAGAUUGAUGCAGAGGGGGCGAUCAAUGCUAUUGAAGGGGAUGACAAAGCUCCUACUCUGAAACUGAUGGGCCAAAUUAAAAACCAGAAAGUGAUCAUUCUAGUAGAUACCGGGAGCACACACAAUGUGCUGCAUACUUCUGUUGCUAAGCGGCUCCAAUUAAAACCAGUGGAACGGAACGCCAUUCGACUCACUGUAGCGGACUCACGGCAGGUAACUGUGUCUAAAUGCUGCCCAAAUUUGUCUUGGGAUAUGGGUAACUCCACCUUUGUUGCUGAUUUUUUAGUAAUGAAAAUUGGUGGUUAUGACAUGAUUCUGGGCACCCAAUGGCUAAGAACUAUAGGUCGUUUUACGAUGGAUAUUGAUUUGCGGUUAUUUGAAUUCACUUCUGGGGGCAAGAAAAUUGAGUUGCGUGGCUUAGGGUAUGCACCCUCUCCUGUCAUAAAAGAGCUCUCUUCAAACCAUGAUAUUCUCACUGCUGCAUGUAUUUUCCUUUUGAACACAUCAUCCUCCUUGCACGUGGGGUUGGGUAAUACUUCCCCACUUCCAGAAAUGUGUCAACAGGAAUUACUCAGAUUAUUGGACACCUAUGCUGAUAUUUUUGAGGAACCGAAGGAACUUCCCCCUUCAAGGCCUUAUGAUCAUGCGAUUCCACUUCAUAAUGAUAAGCCUAUUAGUUGCCGACCUUACCGGUAUGGUCCUGCACAGAAAACUGAAAUUGAGAAGCAAGUUCAAGAAAUGCUUCAGAAUGGUAUUAUUCGAGAGAGUUCCAGUUCUUUUGCAGCUCCAGUAGUUUUGGUAUAG